CUAUCAUCAAAGUGAACGGCUGUCAUUCUCAAUUUAAAAAUGUCUUGUUGUACUCAUGGACCAGGCUACGCGUCUCCUUUAGACGCCUUCAAAAAUGGGCCCAGGGAAGAACUGCUUUACGUGAUUUGUGUCCAACCCGACCAAACUAAGCAAGACUAUUUAGCCACGGUCGACGUGGACCCCAAAUCACCGACGUACAGUCAGGUGAUAGCACGCACCCCCACCGGUAGUGUCGGUGACGAGCUCCAUCAUAGCGGAUGGAACGUGUGUUCCAGUUGCUAUGACGACCCUUCACUCAAAAGGGACCUCCUUAUUCUACCUGCUUUGAAGUCCGCGAAGGUUUUUAUCGUAGAUGUCGGCACGGAUCCUCGGAAACCGAAGAUGCAUAAAGUAAUCGACGGCUCGGUGAUGAGGUCAUUCAACUGCAGUUACCCGCACACGACGCACUGCCUGGCAACCGGCGAAAUCAUGAUUUCGACGAUGGGAGAUAAAGACGAAAACGGAAAAGGGGAUUUUGUGCUCAUCGAUUCGAAGACUUUAGAAAUGAAAGGGUCCUGGACUAAAGGAAAUAAGCUGGCCAAGUUUGGCUAUGACUUUUGGUACCAGCCAUAUCAUGAUGUGAUGUUUUCUACCGAAUGGGGCACACCUAAAAGAUUUAAGACUGGAUUCCACCCUGAAGAUACAGUAGACAAGGAUCACUACGGCACAUCGUUGAAUAUUUAUAAAUGGUCAACGCGCGAGCUACAGCAAGUUAUAGAUCUUGGCCCGGAAGGCUGCGCACCCCUAGAGAUCAGAUUUCUCCAUGAUCCCAAAGCCGCACAGGGAUUUGUUGGGUGUGCGCUACACGCCAACGUUUACAGGUUCUACAAAAUAUCAGACGGAACGUGGAAAGCCGAUAAAGUCAUCGACAUACCAGCGAAAAAAGUUUCUAAAGAUGGCGUUGAGUCCGAGAUUAACGGUUUACUGGGUGACAUUUUAAUAUCUCUGGAUGACAAAUAUUUGUACACAUCAAGUUGGUUACAUGGAGAAUUGAGACAGUAUGACAUAACCGACCCUGAACAUCCAAAACUGACUGGAAAAGUCAACCUUGGAGGUGUUAUAGCCGCAGACCCAGAAACAAAAUUGAUUGAAGAUAGAGAAUCGAAGACGGUCGUGCAGCCUGAGCCACUGAAAGUCAAAGGAAAGAUAUUGCAUGGUUCUUGUCAAAUGAUUCAGCUCUCACUUGAUGGAAAACGAUUGUAUGCUUCAUCAUCCUUAUUCUCUCCGUGGGACAAACAGUUUUAUCCUAAUAUGGCAAAAGAGGGUGGGUGGAUAGUAAAGUUGGACGUGGACACGGUGAAUGGAGGCAUGAAGUUAGAUCCGGACUUCCUCGUUCACUUCGGGAACGAACCGGACGGCCCGGUCCUGCCACAUGAAAUGAGAUAUCCGGGAGGAGAUUGCACAUCGGACAUAUGGCUGGCUGAAGACUAAACAUUACGAUAUGCUUCACGACAUGUGCCAAUAUUUUUGUACGCGUGUUCUAACAAUAAUACAUUAACUAUAUUCAUAUUAUACCUACGACUUUUUCAUAUAAAAUUAGAUUAGUAAAGCAUAAUUUUGUUCAGUUUAGGCAACGACAUAAUAAUUGAUAAACAAUAAAAUAUUGUAUUUUGUAUAAAAUUGUAACGC